AUGCAGGGCCCGGCCGCCCACGCGGGGACGGCGUCUCGCAGCGAGGCCACGGAGGACGCCCGCGCGGGGCUCCGAGCGCCGGCCGACGGGGUCCCGGAGAAGCCGGGCGCGCGCGGGCAGCGGCUGAGCAUCGUGUGGAGGAACGUGGUCCUCAUGAGCCUGCUGCACCUGGCGGCCGCCUACUCCCUGCUGCUCAUCCCCAAAGCCCAGCCGCUCACUCUGCUCUGGGCCUACUUCUGCUUUCUCCUGACUGCUCUGGGCGUGACAGCUGGUGCCCAUCGCCUGUGGAGCCACAGGUCCUACAAGGCCAAGCUGCCCCUCAGAAUAUUUCUGGCUACUGCCAACUCCAUGGCUUUCCAGAAUGACAUCUUCGAAUGGGCCCGGGACCACCGAGCUCACCACAAGUAUUCAGAGACAGACGCGGACCCCCAUAAUGCCCGCCGAGGCUUCUUCUUCUCCCAUAUUGGGUGGCUGUUGGUUCGCAAGCAUCCAGAUGUCAUUGAGAAGGGGAAGAAGCUUGAUGUCAGUGACUUGCUUGCAGACCCUGUGGUCCGGUUCCAGAGGAAGUACUAUAAGACCAGCGUGGUGCUCAUGUGCUUUGUGCUCCCCACACUGGUGCCCUGGUACAUCUGGGGAGAGAGUCUGUGGAACUCCUAUUUCUUGGCCUCCAUCCUCCGCUAUACCAUCUCCCUCAACGGCACCUGGCUGGUCAACAGUGCUGCUCACAUGUAUGGAAACCGGCCCUAUGACAAGCACAUCAGCCCUCGGCAAAACCCACUGGUAGCUCUGGGUGCCAUCGGUGAAGGCUUCCACAAUUACCAUCACACCUUCCCCUUUGACUACUCUGCCAGUGAGUUCGGUUUAAAUUUCAACCCAACCACAUGGUUCAUUGACGCCAUGUGCUUGCUGGGGCUUGCCACCGACCGCAAGCAGGCCACCAAGACCAUGAUCGAGGCCCGGAAAGCCAAGACAGGAGACGGCAGUGCCUGAAGCAGAAACGGCUGGCCAUCCAAAGCGCCUACUCUUGACAGGCAGCUGGUGGCUUUUGUCUGUUGUUCGUUGGAUCAGAGUGGGUACAGAGUGGGGAGGGAAUGAAGUCUAUGUGAUUUGUUAACUAUAACUAUAAUGGAAAAAAAUUAAAUCAUUAGAAUGUAGAUCUGUGAUUUAAUCGCUUAUAGCUAUAAGUCAUCAAAUUACAUGGUUAUGUGUUCAUAUAUGAUGUUAACCAAGAAGAAUGAAUAUUAAAUUUUUAGUGUCAUCCAAGACAGCAUUUCUAUUAUUUCUACCUAUGAAUCCAGCAUUGCUUUUAAACACACUGAAGGAGAUGGUGGCAGGAUAGGAAACAAAAGAGGGCUUGUGUGUAGCUGGAGCAUUUCUGUCUUGUAAUUAUUGUGUAUGGGGUUUUUGUUUAAAGAAAUUGAAAGGUUUCAAAGGAAACGGCUCUGGUGGGUUUUUGGUCUUUUGUCCUGUUUACAAGUUGUGCACACUCUGCUGCUUUUGUCUUAAGAGAUGUGUUCAUUGCUGAGCCAUAUGUUCAGUCCAUUGUAAAUCAAUGCCUAUUUAGAUGUCUGAUUUUCUCUUUGCUAUCAUCAUUUUAAAGGCGUAUAAUUCAAACAUGCCAGAUACCAAAUUAAACCCAAAUUAAGCUUUUGUUUUAGUGUUUAGACACAUAAUUUGUAUUCUAAUUGAUCCCAGCCUCUGAUGCAUGCACUUGAACUACUUCUGCUAAAUAAGUGUAUUAAUUUUCCACACCAGGCCAUCAGCUCUUAAUAACCAACAGUUAUCUAGAUGUCCGUGUCCACUCAUGUUUCAUCUGCAUGUGGCCUUCAUUGAUUUUUGCAGCAAAAUAUAGUGAUCAUUAUGUAACUUCUGAUUAAAACAGCUAGGUGUGCUGAGUUACCUUGUGAAGAGCAGGUUGAGUUAAAGGGACAGCAUGCCCUUGUGCUAGGUGCUAGAGGGGAAGAAAGGCUAUGCUGUGUUGGUGUCAGAUUAUUGUGAAGGCAGAUAAUUUCAAGGAAAAAAAAAUAGGAUUUAAAUUUUAAGAAGAGAAAUGACAUCAAUUGGAAAUUCUCAACCUGAAGCUCUUCAUCUAGCAGGUAUUGAACCAUGUCAUUUUGCCAUUAGUAAUGUGUUCUGCCAUUAAUAAUGUGUAAACUGUGAGUGAUUUACAAUAAACGAUUAUGAAUUCA